UUUCUUAUUCCCUAUAUCCUCUUCCUAAUCAUUGCUGGAAUGCCCCUGUUCUAUAUGGAAUUAGCACUGGGACAGUAUAACCGAGAAGGGGCUGCCACUGUGUGGAAAAUCUGUCCAGUUUUCAAAGGUGUAGGCUAUGCAGUGAUACUCAUAGCUCUUUACGUGGGUUUCUACUACAACGUUAUCAUAGCUUGGUCUCUGUAUUAUCUAUUUUCAUCAUUCACAUUUGAGCUCCCCUGGACAAACUGCGAUAACAGUUGGAACAGCCCAAACUGUACAGAUCCCAAACUCUUCAAUGCAUCAGUGCUUGGCAAUGGUACCAAAUACUCGAAGUACAAGCUCACUCCUGCAGCUGAAUUUUAUGAGCGAGGAGUUCUGCACCUGCAUGAAAGCCGUGGAAUCCAUGACCUUGGCUUGCCUCGCUGGCAACUUUCCCUCUGCCUCUUGGUGGUGGUAAUCAUUCUUUUCUUUAGUCUCUGGAAAGGCGUGAAGACUUCAGGAAAGGUUGUUUGGAUAACAGCCACUUUGCCUUAUGUUGUAUUAUUUGUCUUGUUAAUACAUGGAACAACCCUGCCUGGUGCAUACAAUGGAAUAAAUGCAUACCUGCACAUAGAUUUCAGAAGAUUAAAAGAAGCCACAGUAUGGAUUGAUGCAGCUACUCAGAUAUUUUACUCCUUAGGAGCCGGGUUUGGUGUUUUAAUUGCAUUUGCCAGUUACAAUAAGUUUGACAACAACUGUUACAGGGAUGCUUUGCUGACUAGUACCAUUAACUGUGUCACAAGCUUCAUCUCAGGAUUCGCAAUUUUCUCCAUAUUGGGCUACAUGGCUCACGAGCACAAAGUUAAAAUUGAAGAUGUAGCCACUGAAGGAGCUGGUUUAGUUUUCAUCCUGUAUCCAGAGGCAAUUUCAACUCUUUCAGGAUCUACAUUUUGGGCUGUGGUAUUCUUCAUCAUGCUCCUUACUCUUGGCAUCGACAGUUCU